GUAUGCAUUAUAUGAGUGAUGAUUAGUGUCUCGACAAUUGUUUGGUGGAUAUGUUUAAUGUAAUAGUGUUUAAGUCAUUCAAUUCAUUCAUUGAUCGCCUCUUGUAUUGAAAGCGAUCGCAAGUGAGGGGAGGAGUGAAGACAAACUCUGUUAAACACUGACUAUAACUAUAACUAUAACUAAUAUAACUAAACACUAAUAGCAGUGAAUCGGGUCUUCAAUGUUAUCCAAUGAGUGAACGCUAACUACAAACCCAACACUUGAAACACAUUUAGUUAUAUAGCGCUUCACUGUUAACACUAUUAAUGCCAUUAAUGGUGUACUGUAUUAGUGCUUAAACAACAUUCAAAUCAAUUGUGUAUUAAACGUGUGAUUCGUCUCUCAUUGUAUUUAGUGUUAAACACAUUGAUUGUGGCAAUUGUGACAACAGUGUGGGUGCGGUCAUACACAACAAUUAGACUGACCAUUACGGUGACCAUUGAGUGGACAAGACAUCAUUACAAUCAAUAUUAAGUGAUAAAAUUCAAUAUCAAGUGAUUGAUGAUUGAUAUCGACAUGAGUUCGCAAACCCAUCACAACAAUCAGUCAUACCUGCAGUCAUAUCAGGUCCACAAUCCUCAGAUCAGACCCGUCAUCGAAAGGGGCGCCUCUUGGAGUUACAAUGAAACACGAAUAUUGCUGUCAUUAUGGGGACAGGAUAUGGUUCAAAGACAAUUGACAAACUCAAAGAGGACACGACAUGUCUGGGAGAAGAUCGCCGAACGGAUUCGUGAACACGGAUUUGACAGAACUGCCGACCAAGUGAGGACUCGUGUCUUUAAUAUGAUAGCAGAAUAUCGAAGAAUACUUAAAAAUCCAACGCCGGAGCGCAAGAAGAAGUGUAUAUUUUUUGACGCUUUAAAUAAGAUAUAUCAGGCAAAAGACUCAAAUGCCAUCAAAAUGGCACUCAAUAAUUAUGAAGAAGAAUAUAACUUUGAACCGAUCGAGUUUAACAAUACUGAUGACAACAUGGAUGGUACCAAUGAUAACGAUGAUGGAGGCAAUAGUGGAACGGAUGGAGAAGACAAAAGUGAAAUAUUUGCCUAUUCUUUGUCUCCAAGCGCUACACUUAAUAACAAUGUCGUCAACACCAAUGGCAACAAUGUUCAAGAUUACCAUUCAAAUGAAGACUCAAAUGAUAACAUUCAAAAUGAUGAUAUACCAAUAAUUCCGCCGUCGAAGAGAUUCAGAACAGAUGGCUCUAUAAAUCAAUCUCAAUACCAAACAAUGAAUUCAUUGAUGGAGAACUCGUCUUCAGCUUUACUUAUCGACCGAAUGUUUGCUCAUUUGUCUAAAGAAACGGAAGUAAUGCGAGAAUGGGUUGGAUUAGAGAGGGAACGACUGGCGCAAGAAGUGAGUCGAAGGAAAGAGGAAAAUGAAAGAGACGAGCGAAGAGAAAAAGCUUUACUCCAACAUUUGAUGCGAAUGCAGGAACAGAUGCUUAACUUUUUAUCGAAACAACAAUUACUAAAUCCGGCGGCGUCUGUGACCAGUGGACUUUCAUUACCAGUUUCACCAUCUCAUUCAACUGAUCCGAUUCAACAUAAAGAUUAAACAUUAAUUGAAAUUGAGAAAGACUUCAUUAUAGUGAAUGGAUAAUAACGAAUCCAAUAUUUAGUUUUAGUAUUAUAACUAUGAUUUGAACAAAAAAAUAUUUUUGUUGAGCAUUGUAUUAUAUGCUCUUUAGUUUAUUUAUAUAUAUUUAU